AUGGUCGAUCAUUUCAAAGAGGUAAAGGGAAGGGCCAGCAACCUCAGUGCGGAGGUCCGGAAGGACCGGUGGCGGACUUUUUGUUCUAAGGAGUGGCCGACUUUUGGUGUUGGGUGGCCGCCGGAGGGGACGUUCGAUCUCCCCACCAUUCGCCGGGUUAGGGACGUCGUCUCCCAACCCAAAGAGGGACAUCCUGGUCAACUCUCUUACAUUGUUACUUGGCAGGACCUCGUGGAAAAUCCACCACUUUGGCUUAGGCCCUUCUUACCUCCACACCCUCCGGAGCCAGAACCCAUUCUUGCCUUGCAGGAAGCGGAGAAGAAGAAGGAGAAGAAAGUCACCCUGCCGUCAGCUCCAGCUCCCCCCUACCCGGUUUUGCAGGGGGGAACUGGAGAAGAGUUAAUUUUUCCUCCCCCAUAUCAUUUCCACAGGACGCCGGAGAGAUUUGAUCCUACCCCGUCGCGGGAAGCUGACGCAGUUCCGGGAAUGGCUGGGGGCGGGGUUCCGGGAAUGGCUGGGGGCGGGGUUCCGGGAAUGGCCGCGGUUCCGGUUCCGGUAGGAGGCCCACCUCUCACCCGGCAAAGAGCUCAACGGGAGCUGUCUGUCGCAGCACCCGACUCCACUAUCAAGACCCUGCCCUUACGAGCCGCUGGACCUCCGGAUGUGGAUGGCAACCAGCCCCAUAUUUAUUGGCCUUUCGCAACUAGCGACCUCUAUAACUGGAAGGCACAGAACCCUAAGUUCUCCGAAAAACCGGGGAGACUUAUUGACUUGCUAGAUUCUGUUCUUUUCACCCAUCAGCCCACAUGGGACGACUGUCAGCAGCUUUUACAGGUUCUGUUCACGACGGAGGAGAGAGAAAGGAUCCUCAAUGAGGCCCGAAAGAUGGUUCCCGGUGUAGACGGAAAUCCGACCACGAACCAGGCCCAGAUAGAUGUCUCUUUUCCCUUAACUAGGCCUGAAUGGGAUUUCAACACGGCAGAAGGUAAGGAGAGGCUCUUGGUCUACCGUCAGACUCUAAUGGGAGGUCUCCGCAGGGCUGCUAGAAAGCCCACCAAUUUGACCAAGGUAGGGAAUGUACAGCAGGAAAGAGAUGAGUCUCCAGCUGCCUUUCUAGAACGGAUCAUGGAGGCAUAUCGCACCUAUACCCCCAUGGAUCCAGAAGCCCCUGAGAAUAAGGCAGCUGUAAUCAUGAGUUUUAUAAACCAGUCAGCCAUGGACAUUAGAAAGAAACUACAGAGAAUAGAUAGAUUAGGAGAAAAGAGUUUACAGGAUUUACUGGUAGUAGCAGAGAAGGUGUUCAAUAACCGAGAGCCCCCUGAGGAUAGGCAAGCCCGCGCCAUGGUGGCUGCCAGUGAGAAGCAGACUCGAAACCUGGCCAAGAUUCUGCUAGCCACCACCAUGGAGUCCCCUGGGGAGCGGACCCGUCACCUUCGCCAGCUUGCUGAUGGCCAAGAAAGAGGUAAGAGAACCGCCCGGGACGGGAAAAGGAAGCUGCAACAGAACCAGUGUGCUUACUGCAAAGAGAUAGGGCACUGGCUCCGAGAAUGCCCAAAGAAGGCCGGUAAAAAGGGGAACAAGACAGACCGGGUGGAGGCCUUGGAGCUGGAAGGACUGAGUGAUUAGGGAAGUCGGGGUUCGGAUCCCCUCCCCGAGCCCAGGGUAACUCUUAAAGUGGAGGGGACGCCUGUUGACUUCCUUGUCGACACUGGAGCACAACAUUCGGUUCUCCGCACACCUCAGGGGAAGCUAGCCAGCAAAAAGUCCUGGGUGCAAGGGGCAACUGGCAUGAGCCAGUAUUCAUGGACUACCCGAAGAACAGUAGAUCUAGGAACGGGCCGGGUAUCCCAUUCCUUCAUGGUAAUACCAGAAUGCCCCUACCCCCUAUUAGGACGAGACUUGCUAACCAAGAUUGGAGCCCAAAUAACCUUCAGACAAGGGGGGCCUCAGGUCACCGAUGGCGAAGGCCACCCCAUCCAGGUCCUGACUCUGAGACUGGAGGAUGAAUAUCGCCUCCACCAGGGGGCGCCACCAGUAGAGAACAAUAUGGACAGGUGGCUGCGAGAAUUCCCCACAGCCUGGGCAGAGACGGGGGGAGUAGGGCUGGCCGCCCACAGGGCCCCAACGCUGGUAGAACUAAAACCAGGAGAAGGCCCGAUGAGAGUCAAACAGUACCCUAUGUCCCAGGAGGCUCGGAAGGGAAUCCAGCCUCACAUCCGGAGACUGCGGAGCCUAGGGGUACUGGUUCCAUGCCAAUCUGCCUGGAACACCCCCCUCCUGCCAGUCAGAAAGCCUCAUACGAAUGACUAUCGGCCAGUUCAGGACCUCCGGGAAGUAAAUAAAAGAGUCCUGGAUAUACACCCAACCGUUCCUAACCCAUACACUCUCCUAAGCUCUCUGGCACCCUCUAGAAUCUGGUAUACUGUAUUAGACUUGAAGGAUGCCUUUUUCAGCCUGCCGUUAGCGCCUCAAAGCCAAUCCCUGUUUGCCUUCGAAUGGCACGACCCCGAGGAAGGUUACAGUGGACAAUUAACCUGGACGCGAUUGCCCCAAGGAUUCAAGAAUUCGCCCACCAUCUUCGACGAGGCGCUGCAUGAAGACCUCGGUGAGUACAGGAGGGAACACCCCAAUCUCACCCUUCUUCAAUACGUAGAUGACAUCCUGAUUGCUGCCGAUACCGCCAAAGAUUGUGAGCAAGGGACCAAAGAUCUGCUGGCCACCUUAGGGACCUUAGGGUACCGGGCCUCGGCGAAGAAGGCUCAGAUAUGCCAAAAGAGGGUGAGUUACCUGGGAUACAUACUGGAGGGCGGACAGCGGCGGUUGUCAGAUGCUAGAAAAGAGACAGUCUUGAAAAUCCCUGCUCCCACCUCCCGGAGGGAGGUGAGGGAAUUCCUAGGAUCGGCUGGCUAUUGCCGCCUCUGGAUACCAAGUUUUGCUGAGAUCGCCAGGCCCCUAUACGAAGCCACCAAGGAGGGGAAGGCCUUUAAAUGGACUGAGACAGAAGAAAUUGCCUUUAAUCAGAUAAAGAAAGCUCUUUUGGCUGCUCCAGCCCUGGGCCUACCAGACAUUACAAAACCCUUUCGCCUCUUUGUAGACGAGCGCAAAGGAGUAGCAAAAGGAGUUUUAACCCAGGCUUUAGGCCCCUGGAGUCGCCCAGUAGCGUAUUUGUCUAAAAAGCUGGAUCCCGUAGCCGCCGGCUGGCCACCGUGCCUAAGAAUCAUUGCGGCAACCGCGCUCUUAGUCAAGGAUGCUGACAAACUGACCCUGGGACAGGAGAUCUGGAUCACAACCCCGCAUGCCAUUGAAGGGGUCCUAAAACAACCUCCCGAUAGGUGGAUGAGCAAUGCUCGCAUGACCCACUAUCAAAGCUUGCUGCUCAACCCCCCUAGAGUACGGUUCCAUCCCAGUGCGGCCCUCAACCCUGCUACCCUGCUACCUGACCCUGACCUAGAUGCCCCACUGCAUGACUGUGCGGGAAUCCUGGAGCAGGUACAUGGACUUCGGAAGGACCUGACCGAUCGGCCCCUCCCGGAUGCAGAGGCCACCUGGUUCACGGAUGGAAGCAGCUUCGUGCGGAACGGGAGCAGGUACGCGGGUGCAGCGGUGGUCACAGACACGAACACCGUGUGGGCGGAGGCUCUGCCCCCUGGGACAUCAGCUCAGAGAGCAGAACUCAUUGCACUCACCAAGGCACUGACACUGGGGGCUGGAAAACGGCUUAACGUUUACACAGACAGCCGUUAUGCAUUUGCUACAGCUCAUGUUCAUGGGGCAAUCUACCAGGAAAGAGGGCUAUUGACAGCCGAGGGACGGACAAUAAAAAAUAAGCAGGAAAUUCUCGACCUGCUCGCGGCCUUGUGGCUUCCUGCCAAGUUAGCCAUAAUCCACUGCCAGGGACACCAAAAAGCUGAUGACCCGGUAGCGAAAGGCAACCAAAAGGCUGACCAGGCUGCAAAGGAAGAGUUGCAACGUAUCAGAAAGCUCCCCAGAGCCCAGGAAAUAAAGGGAUGGUGGCAUACACCAGAAGGAGAACUUAUACUGCCGGACUGGCUCGGGGACACGAUGUUAAAACAUAUGCACCAAUCCACUCACCUGGGAACCCGGAAAAUGAAGGACUUAAUCCAACAUGCCAGAAUCAUAAUUCACCAGCAGAAUACCAAGAUAGAUCAGGUUGUGUCUGCCUGCAAGACCUGCCAACUUACAAACGCAAGGGUCGGAUCAAAUGAAAGAGGGACCAGGCUCAGAGGCACCAAACCGGGAGCACAAUGGGAGGUCGAUUUCACUGAAAUUAAACCAGGGAAGUAUGGUUAUAAAUAUCUUUUAGUGUUCAUAGACACCUUCUCUGGCUGGGUAGAGGCAUACCCAACCAAGCACGAAACAGCCCAGACGGUGGCCAAGAAGCUGCUGGAAGACAUCUUACCCAGGUAUGGUUUUCCUGCUAUGAUAGGAUCCGACAAUGGGCCAGCCUUUAUUUCACAGGUAACGCAGGUAGUAACUAGGGCUAUUGGGGCAAAUUGGAAAUUACAUUGUGCUUAUAGACCCCAGAGUUCAGGUCAGGUAGAGAGAAUGAAUAGAACUCUAAAAGAGACCCUUACCAAAUUAACCAUGGAGACUGGCGGAGACUGGGUGGCUCUCCUUCCAUAUGCCCUUUACCGGGUGAGGAACUCCCCUUACACCCUGGGUUUUACUCCCUACGAGAUCAUGUUUGGCAGGCCACCCCCUAUCAUUCCUAACCUUAAAGCUGACUUACUCACUGAAUUUGAAAAUCAAGAACUAUCUCUUUCCUUAAGAGGGCUCCAGAGGGCACACGAGGACAUUUGGCCGCGCCUCCGCGCCAUCUACGAGACUGGCCCAACCCCAACUCCUCAUCAACACAGACCAGGAGAUUGGGUCUACGUCAGAAGGCAUCAUCGAGAAACCCUUGAACCACGUUGGAAGGGUCCUUACACCGUGGUGCUAACAACCCCCACUGCUCUCAAGGUAGACGGCGUCGCGACCUGGGUUCAUCACACUCACGUCCGGUCAGCGGACCCCUCCACGAUCCGGAAGGACUUCAUCACCAAAUGGAGCGUCGAUCGAGAUCAACGCAACCCGCUCAAGCUCAAGCUACGGCGUGCUCGACCUGCGUGAUGCUGGUUUGAAUGUAUGUUGGCUGUCCUGGAAGGGAGCUGUGUGGGGUGACCCCCAAAAGUAAAGGGUGUCUAGCUGCCAAGAGGACAAGUGCCCAACUGGGCAGGGAAGGGUGCCCAUCAGGUUUUGGUCUCUGUUGAGAGACAGCUAACAGUUGGCAGCCUGUAAUACUGUCUUGCAGGCCUGCGUGACCAUGCCCAUGUCAGGGGUAGUAAAGCUGGAAAAAGCCUGUUUAGACUAGAAAGUCUGAGGCAUGGUUAUGCAUAGAAAGAAGGUUUUAUACCAACAAUUACUGUUUUGUUUUAAAUCCAUGAAAAGAAAUUAGCAAGGAAAGUCAGAAAAUCUUAGAGUAAAUCAGUAUGUUUUUCUCCUUAUGUAAUUCCUCCAAAAUCUGGCAAUGCUAAGUAAGUACAUUUCUUUGCAUAGAUUCAGUAAGACUGGUUCCUAAUAGUGGUUUUAUUAACGGAAAACUUUGACUGGAGUAUCAUGUUUUGAAGAGCCCUAUCUGAGCUCUAAAGACUUGAAGCCACUAAGAAUGCCACGAAGAAAGCCUGGUGUCCUGCCUGGGAGCCCUGAAGAUGGCUGGCGCUGGAGCGUCAGGCCCAUGCCCUACCAUCACUGGCGGUUGGUAAGAGUAGAAGGGGAGCAGUAAAGAUGCCUCUGCAUCCCUGCGAAACCCCCACACACUCUGGGCCGCAACGAGUAGGAGGGCUACUGAGAUGGGCCUUAAAGCCUGGAGCGUGGGCUCAGGUGGAGUUGCUACAGGUGAGGGAUUCACCUAACUCAGCAGAUACUGCAGGCAGGCCUGAUGGCAUCUGGAUGGCUUGGCUUCCUGGCCCUACGGGGCACAUUAAGGUUCAACCAUGAAAUUCCAGCAAAGAUAGUCAGUUACCAUUCUUGUUGUGUUUAUGCAAACAUCAGGACAGUAAAUAAAUUUAUCUUGAUUUGGCUUUUUAAUAGCCAUGGAGGAAUUUUAAGAAGAAAAAUCCUAUUUCAAUAGAAGUUGUUAAAGCUAAAAUGGUUUCUUUCCCUUCCACCGGACCAUUUGUUAAGUGUAUA